AUGGCAGCCAAGAUGCCCGAACUCAACUACGCUUGUGAAAUAUGCGGAUUAGAAGGCCUUAACGAAGAAUCUAUGAGAGAGCACAUGAUGAGCAAUCAUUUGGAGGGAGCUUCGUCGUGUUUUUUCUGCGAUUUCGGUGAUAUUUCUCCGGAAGAAUUACUCAUACACAUCAACACCGUUCACUUGGACUACCUGACUCCGGAAAAUGAAAUGUUGGAUUUUAUUGACGACGAUAAAUUCGAAACAAUGCCCGAAUCAUUUCGUUUCGAAUCUCACCACGAUAAAAAUAUAAAUUUAAGUAACAAUAAUAAUUCGAAUGUGAAUAAUAAUAAUAAUAAUAUUGUAAAUGAAAUUCCAACGAGUAGCGGAGGAGCGGGAGCAAAAGGUUCGCCGUUAAGAACUCAAUUAAAUUUAAAUUUGAAAGAAAACAUUGUUCAUUCACCGAGUCGCGUUCUGAAUAAAAAACAUAAAUGCAUGCUAUGCGGGUACAAUGCAACUUCAUCCGCUCAACUGGAGGAACACAUCAAUCGUGAUCAUUUCGACAUGACCAGUCCUUCUGCUCUCGCAUCAAAUCCUAGUACUCCCGCGAAAAAUUUUCGAUGCCCCCUAUGUAUAUGGUCAUUUCAAAACAGUCAAGAUCUAGAAUUUCACGUCAACGUGGAGCACAAAGAUAUAUUGAGUCCAGCAAAGGCGUCCACACCCGGAAGUUUGAGUAACGGUACGGAUGGGUGUCCCGUUUGCUCUCGAACCAAUUUUAAAAGCAAUCAAGAAAUGGUAUCUCACGUGGAAGAGCAUUUCAAUAACGGAACGCCGGUCACGCCAGAUUCAACGUCGGACAAAAUGCUUGCUCGAGAAAUAGAAAAAAGAGAAAUGGAAACGAGAAAGCAAAGGGAACAAAAAGAAUUUGAAAUGCUUCAAGCUCAAUACGGAAUGGAUAACCAGGGAAAUUUCAAAGAGCAAAGUCUAACUAAUAUGCAAAGAGCGGUGUACGCCGGAGAAAUGUCGGUCUCGGAUUUUUACGAAAGACAAUUGGAAUUGAGGCUAGCCGAAAACAAUGGAAUAGACGAUGGGAGUUCUUGUACCAAAGACUUAAUACCUAAAAUUAGAGCCAUCAGCCUUUCGUCACCCAACUUGUUGAGAGUUUUAACGUGCACCACCGUGGAUCACUACGCGUCGACCUACGGAGAUAAAGGAUGGGGUUGCGGUUACAGAAAUCUUCAAAUGUUGAUAUCAUCCCUCUUAUAUCACACGGAAUACUACGAUCAAUUAUUUAAGUGUAAUUCCGUCGGCGGGUGCCUGUAUAAUCUUUCCAAUGGAACGUCAUCGAAAACCAGCGCAGCUCCGUCGAUAUCCAGGCUUCAACAACACAUAGAAUGGGCCUGGCGUCAAGGAUUCGAUCUUCAAGGUUGUGAUCAAUUGGGUGGCAAGCUUUACAACACGAGAAAAUGGAUAGGAGCCACGGAAAUCGUAACGGUUUUAUCUUGUUUUAGAUUUAGGUGUCAAUUAAUAGAUUUCGAUCGUCCGACAAGUCCGGAUGGUUCUCAUCCUCAACUUUUCAAUUGGGUUUUGGAAUAUUUUCAAACUUUCGAAGAUUUCAAACCACCUCUCUAUCUUCAACACCAAGGACAUAGCAGAACGAUCGUGGGAAUAGAAGAAUACAGAGAUGGUCAUUUGACGUUAUUAGUUUUCGAUCCCAGUCACAGUCCGGAACAAAUGUACAGUUUGAAAAAUACAACCACAGGCCCGAUAGGAAUGAGACUCAUCAGGAGAACGUUAUCGAGCAUGAAAGCUCGACAAUAUCAAGUCGUCGCCAUCAGGGGUCUUAUGGACACGGAAAACGAAUAUCAGCAAAGCAAAUUACUUCGUUCGAUAAGAAUCCCACAACAGGAAUUGUGA